UUUGUCUUUCUCUGACUGACUUACUUUGCAUAGCAUAAUACUAUAUAGCUCCAUUCAUGUAAUUGUAAAUGGCAAGAUUCCAUUCUUUUUUAUGGUUGAGUAAUAUUCCAUUGUAUAUAUAUACUGCAUUUCCACCCUCAUAUCUAGGAUUAGGGUAAGGUUUAGGGCCAGAUUUAGGGAAAAUGUUAGUGUUAGCACCAGAGUGAUAGCAUGUGCCUGGUAUCCUAUAGUUGAAAGACCUCUCUAGAGGGUUAGGUUUAGGUUAGGAUUUGAAUUAGGGGUUAGGAAUUAUGGUUUGGGGUUAGGGUUAGGGCUAGAUUUGGGGUAUUUGGGGUUUAAUUAAGGUAUGUAGCUAGCAACCUGCAGUUCAGAGACCUCUCCAGAGAAUGAAACACCAGAGUUCUUUUGGAGUGAGAAUAGACAGGGCAGCUAUCCUCUAAGCUGAGGGGAGGAGUGGAUUUAGGGUUCUAAAUGCUCUUACAUAGAUUUUCUAAACUUUUGCAGGCAUAAACUUGGAAUUGAGUUUAAAAGACAAUCAGGAAGGCAUAAAUGGUGUUGGUCAACUCUCAAAGAGUACCAGGUUAAUAGGGAAAAGGUGAGUUUUAAUGCAUUCCAUCUUUCUGUUUCAUGGCUCCUGAAUCUCCCCUACUUCAAGCCAGUUGUUUGGUAAAUUUGGGUUUUACCGCCAUGGGGAGCAGGCGAAAAAUCAGGUGAAUCAGCAGAACCCAGAUUGACAAGACAACUUUUUCCCUGUUGGUUGGUGAUAAGUUCUGUGGCAUCCUAGUACAAGAACAGCAUCAUGUUGAAGGAAUUUCUGUAAACAGUUUUUUUCUUAUGAACAUCACACUGUUCUAACCUGGAAAGUUCCUUGAAGGGUAUUAAUUGCAAUUUUGGGAUUUGUCUUCCCCAGGGUGUCAGUCAAGAAAAGAAGGUCACAUUAUUCUUUUUGUUUCCUUAAAGGCCCUAUUUACUCUGGGAUAAGGGUUCCAUCCCAUGAUACCUUAAUUGCCCUAAAGAAUUCUUGCAUUCUGCUCAAAGCACAUCUCCUGGACAAGCCCAGGCUUUCUUUUAUGUGACGAUGAUAGCCACAGUUUGGUUUAGACUCUGCUUUCCAUGGUUAGAUUUUGAACAUUAGCACAGUUGGUGCAGGAAGGCAGUUAGGUCAAUGUUCUCAGGUUGCAUGACAGCUAGAGAGCUGGUUGGUUUGUAAAUGGUAAAGCAUAGACCACAAAGAGAACAGUGGGGAGAGUGGACAAAUACAGGAAGGUCAGUAUGGAAAAGCUGAGAGAGCACUGCAUAAGAGCUAGGUUUAGUUCAAAGUCACAGACAUGAAAGGAAUUAGGAGAAUGCCUGUUAGUGACACUGGGGUGAGAAGAGAGUGCUAUGCCACCCAUUUUCCCUAUAAUGUUUGAUUUAAAGGCAUAGAGAGAUAUUUUAUUCCACAAUUCUAAAGCUACCUUUGAUAGGGUCUUCAUUCCCUCUUUUUCACUAAGAAGAAAAUCAAGCCAUAAAUUUCUGAAUUUUUCUUUUUAUGAAUUCUGGAUAGUUUGUCCUUUAUCUCAAUGGCUGGUAUAGCAAUUAAAGAAAUGUCACACAACUGCUCCUUUCUUUUAAUUAUUGUAGUAAGGAAUUCAGGCAGCCUUCUUUGUAAGGCAAGACAGUUGUGCCUACCUCAGAGGAAAUACCCAUAGCAUUUGAGUUAAAAUAUUUGGUGGUGUUUUACCUCUCAUUUUAGGGAAAUAAAAAAGAAAUCCCUUGGAAAAUUUCCCCCAUCCCUCAUGAAGUUAAUGACACUUACAUUACAAAUAAUAUAAAAUGGUGUAUAGAUAUAUUUGUGAAUCGAUCUUAACAAUCUUGGGUCACAUUCAGUGUUCUAUCUUUCCAGCUGCAACUUGACCAACUAGACAUCCUUUGUGUCUUUUUCAAGUUCUAGGAUUACAAUAUUUGAGCUAGUAAAAGUUCUUCAAAAGACUGCAUGUGGGUCUGUGUUGGAUGAACUUGUGAUUGCUGUCUUCUGUCAGAGAGUGAGGGGAGACAUAGCAGGGCAAAGCUAUCUGGGAACAUAUAAAUGUGGGAGACUAUGUCUUUUAGCAACAACUAUAUAGUAAAGUGUUAAUUUUUUCUAUGAAAGAUUGGUAACACACAAGAGAAAAUAAGCAACUGAAAACCAAUUUAUUAAUGCACAUUGGAUUUCCUUAACUUUAUUUUUCACAAAAGAACAGCCACAAGAUAAACUUAUGAUUGAAUUUUAUCCAAUAUUCACAUAUCUUUGCCUAUUUAAAAUCAAUGAAUUUUCUAUUUAGAGGCUCUAUUUGGAAUUAUAGAAAGCAUAAAAAUGUGGAAUAAUUAUAAAUUAUGACUCAGAUGUCAGUGUCUUAGCUGCUGUCCUAAAGCAUGUGAAAUUUUGUGGAAACUCUUUCCACGCUGUUUCCAGGCCUCACAUUUUAGGAUUCACACACAUUCAGUCCCAAGCACCACUGCUUCCCGUAUACUUUUCUGAUUUAAACACCCUCCCUUUUCUUCUUGCUCCUUCUGUAGUUUUCUUCAAUUCUGUGAUUUCAUUUAGGUUUUUCAAAAUUAGUUCCAGUCUCAUUUAUGGUUGGAAGUAUUCUAUCACUUAAUCCCCCAGGCUAUUUCACUUCUAAAUUAGGAUUAAGACCUUCAGUUUAGCUCAUUGUGUGAAUACUCAUUUUGGGGUUGUAUGUGUGCACAUUUGUAUCUUUGUUUAUACUUCCAGUUGCAUGCUAUUUCUUCUUUGUCUAUAAAUAAGUCAUUAGAAUACAUGAAUGAAUAAGAAUAUUUUGUUCUUCCUGUAAUCAUAACGUAAUUCAAGUUAAUUUUUUCACUCAAUAUUAACAUUUUAAAGUUGCUACUGAGUUGUUUUCAUCUCAUGGUAAGCACUCAUUUAUAUAUAAGAUUAUUAAGAGUAGAGAUAUUCCUUUCUCUGUAACAACAAAUUGGAAAUAGCCUGAAAAUACAUAAAAGAGGAAUACAUUGAAAAGUCUUUUGUUUUUUGUUAAAAAAUAUUUUCUAUGAAAAUUGUCUUCUUGGCUAUGGAACUUAAUAUUUAAUCUUUAUCCAACACUAACUUAGGGAUUUAUAAAAAAGAACUCAUUCACUUGAGAACUUAUUGAUUUUAGCCACAACAGGAAAAAUAUAUGCAUGAAACAUAAAAAUAAAACUAUAAAAAUGUUACUGUAACAAGAGUAUAUUUGGAAAUGGCAUAGGUCUUCUCCAGUCUACUGACAGGUGUUUGAUGAUGAAUAGGCAGCCUUUGAGUUUAUGAUUCUUCCUCUGGGUAUUAGAAACAAUGAUGAUGGGAAAAAAUGCAAGUUCUGAAGGCUACUUCGUUCUACUGGGUUUUUCACAUUGGCCUCAUCUGGAAGUAGUUCUCUUUGUGCUUAUCUUGAUGUUCUACUUGACGACAUUGAUAGGCAACCUUUUUAUUAUUGUCUUGUCAUACCUGGACGCCCAUCUCCACACUCCCAUGUACUUCUUCCUCUCAAACCUCUCUUUUCUGGAUCUCUGCUACACCACCAGCUCCAUCCCUCAGUUGCUGGUCAAUCUCUGGGGCCCAGAAAAGACCAUCUCUUAUGCCGGUUGCAUGACUCAACUUUACUUUGCCCUUGCACUGGGAACCACAGAGUGUGUCCUCCUGGUGGUCAUGUCCUAUGACCGUUAUGCAGCUGUCUGUAGACCCCUGCAUUACACUGUGAUCAUGAACCCUCGUUUCUGCCACCUGUUGGCUGUGGCUUCCUGGGUCAGUGGCUUUACCAACUCAGCACUUCAUUCCUCCUUUACCUUCUGGGUCCCCCUCUGUGGACAUCGCCAAGUGGACCAUUUCUUCUGUGAAGUUCCAGCACUGCUGCGAUUAUCGUGUGUUGAUACCCGUGCUAAUGAGCUGACCCUCCUGAUCACGAGCUCCAUUUUUGUUCUCAUACCACUCAUCCUCAUUCUCAGUUCUUAUGGCGCCAUUGCCUGGGCUGUGCUGAGGAUGCAGUCAUCAGCUGGACUUCAGAGAGUCUUUGGGACAUGUGGAGCCCAUCUUAUGGUUGUGUCCCUCUUUUUCAUUCCAGCCAUGUGCAUAUAUCUGCAGCCACCAUCAGAAAGUUCUCAAGAUCAAGGCAAGUUCAUUGCCCUCUUUUAUACUGUUGUCACACCUAGCCUCAACCCUCUAAUCUACACUCUCAGAAACAAAGAUGUAAGAGAAGCAGCAAGGAGACAAGUGGGUCUAGAUUGGGAGAUAUGACAGAGAGAUCACAAUUUUUGUGCUGCAACUUUCGUUCAGAGUCUGAUCCAUCUUGGAGGGUGUUUCCCUGCUUCUUUGAUACUUAUUUUAGUCUAAAACCCAGCCUUAAACUUGGGUUGUUUUUAUUGGCUAAUUCUGAAAUAUUAUCUAGAGAUAAAUUUUUGAUUUGUAACACUUCAUUUUUAAUAAUUCCAUAUUUAGUGUCCAUAGAAAUUAGAAACUGUUUUUUAACUUUAUUUAUUCAUUUGGAGAGAUACAGAAAUCACAAGUGGGGGA